GAAUUGUUUACUUGCCUUUACAUAUUAAUCUUGACAUCUCUGAUCUUAUGAACAAACAAUUCGAGGGAACCAUACUUCCAGAGAACCAACGCUUCAGCAUUUUAUUAUCUGCCAUCUUCAUCCUUUUGAAAUUGUUUCUUUUGCACUGCUAUGCUGCAAUUUAUAAUAUAACUUCAUCCAAUCCAUUAUCUCAAAAUGAAAUCCUUAUCUCCCCUACCCAAGUUUUUGAGUUAGGCCUUUUUUGUCUUGAUAAUACCACUAAUCAGUAUGUUGGUAUAUGGUAUAAAAAUAUUGCUCCUCGUACAGUUGUUUGGGUGGCCAACAGAGAGAAUCCAGUUAUUGAUUCAUUGGCAAGUCUAAAGAUUGGUAGUGAUGGAAAUCUGAAGAUUGUAGAUGAGAAUGAAGUAACUCUCUGGUCAACCAAUGUUUCUGUCCGAUCAAAUAGUUCAGUGGCUGUCCUUUUGGAUAAUGGGAACUUCGUUCUACAGGAUGGUUUAUCUGAACAGCAAUUAUGGCAAAGCUUUGAGCACCCAGGUAAUACUUUAUUACCAGGUGCAGGUAUCGGGUAUGAUCGUGAAACAGGUGAGAGGCGUGUCUUGUCCUCCUGGAAAAGUAAUAGUGAUCCAUCACGUGGUGAUUUUGUCACUGAAAUUGUACCGCGGUCACCACCACAAGCUUUAAUUUGGAACGGAUCAGUGCCUUACUGGAGAAGCGGGGAGUGGAAUAAACUACGGUUUAUUGGUCUACAAGGUAUGGAUUCAACAUAUUCAAGAGCAAUUAGCCUUGUAUUGAAUGAUGAUCAAGAAAGUGGGUAUUUCUAUUUAAGUCUUAACACCACAGACACAUCUAUUACCAUUUUAUCCGAAGGAACUCUAAAGAUAAUGUCUUGGAGGAAAGACACAGGCUGGUAUUCAACAUGGAAAAGACCAAAUAAUACAUGUGAUGUCUAUGGAACUUGUGGACCUUUUGGGAUCUGUAAAAUAUCUGAAUUUCCUAUUUGUAGCUGCCUUGAAGGAUUUGUACCGAAGUCAGAUGAGGAAUGGAACAAAAAUAAUUGGACAGGAGGGUGCGUUAGACGAACUGAAUUAAGUUGUUUGGCAAAGACAAGUCUGGAAGCGUCACAGGGUGAAGAAACAGAUAGGUUCUGGAAAAUGAAUGGAAUCAAGCUACCAGAUAAGUCCAAGUAUCAAGAUGUUAAAGAUGUGAAUGAAUGUGGACAGUGGUGCUUGAAUAACUGUUCUUGCAAGGCUUAUGCAUAUGUAAUGAACAUAGGGUGUCUGCUGUGGAGUGAAGACCUUAUAGAUAUGCAAGAGCUCUCCAGUGGUGGGGAAGAUCUUUUCAUUCGUCUUGCGUCAUCAGAAUUAGGUGAUCAUAUAAUUGACUUAAGCAAUAUUUUCAAAAUGAAUUUAGUUUCUUCUUGAUUCUUUUUUUUUUUCACUUCAGAAUGACUCAUUCAUCUUUAUUCAUUUCAUUAUUCCUUCUCUUCAUUUUCCCCCUUCAGUAUUUUUAGCUCACAGGAAGCUAAGAGUAGAUCUCAUUAUCAGCCUCACAACAGUUUCUUGUAUCAUUAUCUUGGGUGCCUUAGUCUAUGGUUUAUGCUGGCAGAGAUAAAAAAAAAUUGGUAAGAAACUAAUUUUAAAUCU